UAUAAGGAGGCUCGGUAUACACAGCACCAUGGGAUACGGGGCCGGACGCGACAAGUAUGAGCCCGCCGCCACAUCUGAACAUGGCCCCAAGACCAAGAAGGGGAAGGCCAAGGCCAAGGAAAGGGACAUGGACGAGCUCAAGAAGGAAGUGUCCCUGGAAGACCACAAGUUGAGCCUGGAGGAAUUGCACCGCAAGUAUGGCACAGAUAUGACACGGGGUCAUACCACUGCCCGGGCAGCCGAGAUCUUGGCAAGAGAUGGUCCAAAUGCCCUCACCCCUCCCCCCACCACUCCAGAAUGGGUGAAGUUCUGCCGUCAGCUCUUUGGAGGCUUCUCUAUGCUGCUGUGGAUCGGAGCCAUCCUGUGUUUCCUUGCGUACGGCAUCCAGGCAGGCAUGGAAGACGAACCACAGAAUGAUAAUCUCUACCUUGGUGUUGUCUUAUCGGCCGUCGUCAUCAUCACCGGCUGCUUUUCUUACUACCAAGAAGCAAAGAGCUCCAGGAUCAUGGAGUCCUUCAAGAACAUGGUGCCCCAGCAAGCCUUGGUGAUCCGUAGCGGUGAGAAGUUGAGUAUUAAUGCGCAGGAAGUGGUGCUGGGAGAUCUGGUGGAAGUAAAAGGAGGAGACCGGAUCCCGGCAGAUCUCAGGGUCAUCUCUGCUCAUGGUUGUAAGGUGGACAACUCUUCCCUAACUGGAGAGUCCGAACCCCAGACCCGAUCUCCUGACUUCACCAAUGAAAACCCUCUGGAGACCCGUAACAUCGCCUUCUUCUCCACCAACUGCGUGGAAGGCACUGCCCGCGGUAUCGUUAUCAACACCGGCGACCGCACUGUCAUGGGACGUAUCGCAACUCUCGCCUCUGGUCUGGAAGGUGGCCGCACCCCCAUCGCCGUUGAAAUCGAGCAUUUCAUCCAUAUCAUCACCGGUGUGGCCGUCUUUCUGGGCGUCUCCUUCUUCAUCCUCUCACUCAUCCUGCAGUACUCCUGGCUGGAGGCCGUCAUCUUCCUUAUCGGUAUCAUUGUAGCCAACGUGCCUGAAGGGUUGCUGGCCACUGUCACGGUGUGCCUUACGCUCACCGCCAAGCGUAUGGCCCGCAAAAACUGCCUGGUGAAGAACUUGGAGGCCGUGGAAACUCUCGGAUCUACCUCUACCAUCUGCUCUGACAAGACCGGAACCCUCACCCAGAACCGGAUGACUGUGGCGCACAUGUGGUUCGACAACCAGAUUCAUGAGGCCGACACCACAGAGAAUCAGAGCGGUGCCUCCUUCGACAAAAGCUCUCCAACCUGGACCGCACUGUCCCGUGUCGCUGGGCUGUGUAACCGAGCCGUGUUCCAGGCCGGUCAGGAGAACACUCCUAUUCUGAAGAGAGAUGUCGCCGGUGAUGCCUCGGAGUCGGCCCUGCUGAAGUGUAUUGAGCUGUGCUGCGGCUCCGUGAGGGACAUGAGAGAGAAGAACCCCAAAAUGGCGGAGAUCCCCUUCAACUCCACCAAUAAGUACCAGCUUUCCAUACACAAGAACGCCAAUCCUGCCGAGUCUUGUAACUUGCUGGUUAUGAAGGGGGCCCCCGAGAGGAUCCUGGACCGCUGCUCCACCAUCUUGCUGCAGGGCAAAGAGCAGCCUCUGGAUGAGGAACUGAAAGACUCCUUCCAGAACGCGUACCUGGAGCUGGGCGGACUGGGUGAACGAGUGCUCGGCUUCUGUCACUGGCCUAUGCCCGAUGAUCAAUUCCCUGAUGGCUUCCAGUUCGACACGGAGGAGGAGAACUUCCCCUCGGAGAAUCUGUGCUUUGUUGGUCUGAUCUCCAUGAUAGAUCCCCCUCGUGCCGCUGUGCCCGAUGCUGUUGGCAAAUGCCGAAGUGCCGGCAUCAAGGUUAUUAUGGUGACUGGUGAUCACCCCAUCACAGCAAAGGCCAUUGCCAAAGGCGUGGGCAUCAUCUCUGAGGGCAACGAGACUGUGGAGGACAUCGCUGCCAGGCUCAACAUUCCCGUCAACCAGGUGAACCCCAGAGACGCCAAGGCCUGUGUGAUCCACGGCUCGGAUCUGAAGGACAUGUCUGCAGAGCAGAUCGAUGACAUUCUGCGGCACCACACUGAGAUCGUCUUUGCCAGAACCUCCCCUCAGCAGAAGCUGAUCAUUGUGGAAGGUUGUCAGAGACAGGGCGCCAUUGUGGCUGUGACUGGUGACGGUGUCAAUGACUCCCCUGCCUUGAAGAAAGCUGAUAUUGGUAUUGCUAUGGGUAUCGCCGGCUCUGAUGUAUCUAAGCAGGCAGCCGACAUGAUUCUGCUGGAUGACAACUUUGCCUCCAUUGUCACCGGUGUGGAAGAAGGACGUCUGAUCUUUGAUAACCUGAAGAAAUCUAUUGCGUACACCCUGACCAGUAACAUCCCCGAGAUCACCCCCUUCCUCAUCUUCAUCAUCGCCAACAUCCCUCUGCCGCUGGGUACUGUCACCAUCCUGUGUAUUGAUUUGGGCACAGACAUGGUCCCCGCCAUCUCCCUGGCUUAUGAACAAGCGGAAAGUGACAUCAUGAAGAGGCAGCCCAGGAACCCCAAAACAGACAAACUGGUGAACGAGCGGCUGAUCAGUAUGGCGUACGGGCAGAUUGGUAUGAUCCAAGCUCUGGGUGGGUUCUUCACCUAUUUCGUCAUCUUGGCGGAGAAUGGCUUCCUGCCCUCAACGCUGCUCGGCAUCCGUGUGAACUGGGACGACCGAUGGACCAAUGAUGCCCUUUUGUCCGUGCUUAUAGAACGCAUGGUGUCCGGCACACCGGCACCAUCUGAUGCACCGUUAUUGGCUCUCAGCCAGGACUCAGCAGUGUGUGACUCCUUGGAGAUGCCAUGGACGGGUUCCUGA